AUGUCGGUCACCGCCAUAUCCGUGCAGGUGGCCCGCCAGACCGGCCCAGUCUUCUUCCAGCCUCAGCAACGCGCAUAUAACCCGGCGUUUUGUUCUCCACACUUUGUCUUUCCGGAUACCGAUCUUGAUCUUGCCUCGUUUGCUCCCGACCCGUCAUUCUACGACACCGACCCAUCUGCCUUUGUACCACUACCCCCCGAUCUCGCUAGCUUCGGUGACCUGGAUUAUGCAAGUCUGCCCACGGGGACUUCCAGUUCGCCGUAUGCGCCUGAUUCGUUUGAUUUGACUGCGAUUUCGACUCCAGCUGUUGAUGUGAAUGACUCUCUGCCGGUUUUGGAUAUUGAUUCCUCAGGGACAGAUUCAGACACACAAGUCAACCCAGGCCAAGUUCAAACGCUGACUCCGCCUCUGCUCAUGCCCGCCUCGAGACCCCCGCCCGUGUCGAUCACUGCAGCAUCGACCGCUAAGGACAACCCGCCCAAGGAGCCGCCGAACCGGGUCUCGAAGCGUCAGCUGAAUACCCUUGCUGCGCGCAGAUAUCGCCAGCGACGGGUGAACCGGAUGAACGAGCUGGAGGCGGAACUGGAGAAGGUGAAGCGGGAGCGGGACGAGUUGAAGAUGCGGGUGUCGAAGCUAGAGGGGGAGACGGAGGCAUUGAGGGGGUUGUUGAAGAAGGACAAGUAA